AUGUGCAUCAACGGCGAGGAAGAUGGGCAUGAGGACGUCGAUGGCGGACUUGGGAGUCCUGGAGGUGCACAGAGUGGCUCCGGUACCCACCCACCUGUGCAGAAAGCAGCUGUCACACCUCCGCCGCCACUGUCACACGACGUGACGUACCAAGUGUUUCGUGAGUGGAGGAGACGUUGGGAGGACUACGCGACGAUGAUCAAUCUGCCCAGCCUGACGCUGCCUAAACAGAGGAUCCAGCUACGUAUGUGCCUCACUCUGGAGACGCAGAGGGUGUUAGAGCACACAUUACAGGUGUCGCCUACCUCUCUCAAGCCAGUUGAUGAAGUGCUUGACAUUCUCCAGGCUCAUAUACGUGACUCCAACAACGAGGCAUUGCGUCGGCGAGCCUUCACUAGCUGUCGGCAGGCGAGAGGCGAGCCCUUCUCCGAGUUUCUCGUCCGACUGAAGAGCCUGGCGGAGGAAUUCGACAUCUGUAAGGCUCACCACCUGGACUGUGAAGAGGCCUGGAUGAAGCACGGUAUCCUGACAGGCGUCCACGACGAGGAAUUGGUGACCAAGAUUGUGUCCCUCGACGCCGCCUCUACUCUUGCUGACGUCAUCAAUGUAUGCAGGGCCCACGAGGCGACGCGGUCAGCCGCCUCUGCCAUACGUGCCUCACCUACAGUGUCUGCUGUCUCAACGUAUAAACAGACGAAGAAAGCAGCACACAAACCUGGAGUCCCCUCGCCAACCUUCACCCACUCAUCGGGCGCCUACCUCCUGCAGCAGCUGCGGCAGGCGAGACCACGGCCGAAGGGCUGCCCAGCAACAGGUGUUACGUGCAGAGGUUGUGGGAAGACUGGCCACUACGCUUUGAUGCCCAAGUGCCCAGCCAGGCAGUCUACGUGCACUGCUUGUAACCGUCUGGGGCACCUGGAGAAAGUCUGCAAGCAAACCAAGGCAAGGAGGUCUCAUGAGGGCCCACCUGAGGCCUCAUGUCAGUCUCCUAUCAGUACUCGUGAUGACCCGACACCUCCUCCUACUGUACGAGUGGAAGUGUUGCAUGACGGUCACUCUGGUGGUCUGGACUUCAUUCCCGACACUGGUGCCGACACGACGGUCAUCGGCCCACAGCACUUGAGAAUGUUGGGCAUCGACAGACAGGCUCUUGGUCCUCCUCCAUCCCUUGCCUACUACAACGCUGAUGGGACGAAGAUGUCUGCUGCCCUCGGUUCGCUCCAGGCCACACUAGUCUACGGCGAGCUGUCUUGUACGGGCUGGAUAGAUGUGCAGGGUUCGUGGAACACCCCACUUCUGUCCCGUGAACACUGUCGUGCUUUGGGGAUCGUGCCUCACGACUUCCCUGCUCAGAUUUUCUCAGCACGAGGCAGUGUCGCCAGUGUAAGGGAGGCGACAAACGCUCCAGCUCCACGUUCCAGCGUGCCUGCGUUACCUCUUCUCAGCACCACUUCCCCAGACGCAGCGAAGGAGUACUUCUUGAGGGAGUACCAGGAUGUCCUCUUGACAAAGGAUUCCACACAGGAUGCUCCACUCAAGCCGAUGUCUGGACCGCCGAUGAGGAUCCACUUACGAGACGACGCCCAGCCGUUUGCUGUCCACACGCCGAGGCUUAUUCCUUUGGCCUACAGGGACGCAGUGAAAGCUGAGCUCGACUCUAUGGUGGCACGAGGCGUUAUUGCUCCUGUUGGUGACGUCCCAUCUUAUUGGUGCCAUCCGAUGGUUGUUGUGCCGAAACCUGGUGGAGGUGUCAGGAUCACUACGGACCUGAGUAAGUUGAACGCACAAGUAUCUCGGCCUGCACACCCAUCACCCACGCCUUUUGCAGCCAUCCGGAGCGUCGAUGCCAGGGCACGCUACUUCACCACGAUUGACGCGUUGUGUGGAUAUUGGCAGAUACCCUUGCAUGAGGACGACCAGGCCCUGACUACGUUCAUCACUCCAUAUGGGCGCUUCAAGUACCUCCGAGGUCCCAUGGGUUUCGCAGCCACAGGCGACGCCUUCUGCCUCCGAGGAGACAUCGCGCUACAGGGAGUGCCACAGUGUGUCAAAGUCGUGGAUGACAUUCUCGUGUACGACGAGGAUUACUUCACACAUCUACGCCACGUUAACGACAUCUUGGCCAGAUGCCGAGCCCAUGGCAUCACUUUAAAUGCCAAGAAGUUUGUGCUGGCGGCUCCAUCAGUGUCCUUCUGCGGCUACAGGCUCUCCCAUGACGGCAUCGCAGCAGACCCUGACAAGGUUCGGGCCAUCACUGAGUUUGCUACGCCUGCUACGUUGACCGACCUUAGGUCCUUCAUGGGCCUUGUCAACCAGCUCGCCAGCUUCUCGCCCGACCUCGCUGCCACUGCUGCGCCUCUACGCCCACUUUUGAGCCCCAAGAAGUCGUUUGUGUGGACGCCCGACCAUGAGCAAGCCUUCCAACGUGUGAAGAUGGCCUUGGCCAGCCCACCAGUCCUAGCUGCCUUUGACCCUGCUCUCCCUACGACUCUGCAGACCGAUGCUUCCCGCCUGUAUGGGCUGGGUUAUGCCCUACUGCAGGACCACGGUGGUGGACAGCAGCGUCUCGUCCAGUGCGGCUCACGUUUCUUGACGGAUACAGAGACCCGAUAUGCGACGAUCGAGUUGGAGAUGUUAGCUGUCGUAUGGGCCAUGGGGAAGACCAAGUUCUACCUCACAGGAUUGCAACACUUUAACCUCGUCACCGAUCAUCGCCCUCUAGUUCCCAUCCUAAACAGCUACUCCCUUGACGCUAUAGAGAAUCCACGUCUACAACGCCUCAAGGAGAAGAUCGAACCCGUACAUCUUCACAGCUGUAUGGCGCCCGGGCAAGGAGUUGUGUAUCCCGGACGCUCUAUCUCGCUCUCCUGUUGGCUACCCAACGCAGGCUGA